ACGCACUUCCUGAAAGAACGGGAAAAUGAAAGACAUCUUCGAGUAGCAAGCACAGACAUGCGCUAUGUUCUUAGAAUGUUGUUGUGAUCGUCUCUAAGACAGGACGACGAUGGGGGAAACGUAGACGGCUUCGCUUCUUUGGGCCCAAAAAGAAGAAGAGUCGUCCUCAAGACUGCGCGUCAUCGAGCCAGGCCGUCCUCUAGACACAACAUGGCAAGUAAUGUCCGAAUGACUGCUUCUCUAUUUGUCUCAGUGGCUAUGCCUGGCCCCGGGAAGCAUUCCUCAGCCUGCUGGUCAGUGUUGGGUCAAUAACAGCAGCCAUGCAAGUUCAGAUAGAGACGAUAGAGAGAUGAUGACCAUAUGGACACACAGCGAUCUCCAGGACACUUGCCGUUGACGCAGAAGAAAUACUAUUUGAGAACUGUCUAACCUGCUCGGGACGAAAACACUCCAAAGCGAUGUUCAGCAGCGAAAACUUUUUUUAGAUAAAUGUCUCCGACCCAAAGUUAACGCAAUAGACAAUAUUUGCCAUCAAGUGUGCGCCUUACUCCUCUAAACGGUUUCCUUAUUGAAUGGUGUGGAUACAGUCGUAGCCUGGCCGGGCCCCAUACAUCCACCCAUAACGAGCAGCCCGAGCCCGGUCCAAGAGCAUGGUUCUGGGGGAGCUGUCUCGGCUGUCCAGGCCCUGUUCUCCUCUAGACCAGGAGAGGGCGCUGAAGGCCGGCUGGCUGAAGAGACAGAGGAGCAUCAUGAAGAACUGGCAGUUGCGCUGGUUCGUGUUGAGGCCUGAAGCUCUCUACUUCUAUAAGGACCAGGAGGAGGCCAAGGCCCAGGGCUGCAUUCCACUGCAGGCCAGUCAGGUCAACGAGCUGCCGGCGAAUCAGGACGAGCCUGGCCGACACCUCUUUGAGAUCGUUCCAGGAAACGGGGGAGAAAAGGACCGAACGGGCGUUAGCCACGAGUCAUUCAUGCUAAUGGCUAACUCCCAAAGCGACAUGGAGGACUGGGUCAGAAGCAUCCGCAGGGCCGUCUGGUCCAGGCUCGGGGGUGGGGUCUUCGGUCAGCAUCUGGAGGAGACGAUGCUGUGUGAGAGCCAGUGCGACCCCCAGCGACUGGUCCCAGUGUUGGUGGAGCAGUGUGUGUCUUUGAUACGUCAGUGCGGUUUGCAGGAGGAGGGGUUGUUCAGGUCUCCGGGACCCACCAAUCACGUGCGAGAGCUGCAGGAUGCGUUCGAUCGCGGCGAGAAGCCAAAGUUCGACAGUACCACAGAUGUCCAUACGGUGGCGUCACUGCUUAAGCUGUACAUACGCGAGCUUCCGGAGCCUGUGAUCCCCUUCUCUAAAUACACCCAGUUUCUGUCUUGUGCUCAGCUACUUAACAAGGAUAGGGGGCUGGGCAUCGUGGAACUUAGCAAGCAGGUGAAAGCUCUGCCUCAGGUGAAUUACAACCUCCUCAAAUAUGUCUGCAGGUUCCUGGAUGAAGUUCAAUCCCACUCCAACGAAAACAAGAUGAGUGUUCAGAACCUGGCGACUGUGUUUGGACCUAACAUCCUCCGACCCCGAGUGGAGGAUGCAGUGACUAUGAUGGAGGGAAGCUCUCAGGUGCAGCACCUGAUGACAGUGUUGAUCAGUGAACACGCCUGCCUCUACCAAGGGGAGGAGAAAGAGGCUGAACAGGAACCCAAGGCUCCCACAAAGACACAGUCCAGCCCUGGGCCACGCGGCAGAGUGGAGUGGGUAUCCCAGGGCAACAACACCCCAAGAACGAGCCCCACCCUGGCACUAGACCCCAACACCUCGAAAGACCAAAGCCAGGAAUCCUCCACUCUGUCUGUUGAUGGCAAACACGUGACAGAAUCAACGUCCCAGACCCAGGAGGACGGGGAGGAAGGAAAGCCGGAGGAGAAGCCCACGGAGAAGACGGAAGGGAAAGCCGGUAUUAAAAGUGACGGGAAGCCCGGGAACGGCAUGGCCGUCAGCCCCAGUAAGCAGUCCAAGGCCCUGCCGUCCUGGAGAACCUCCUUCAAGGCGGGGGGGGCUGGAUCGGGAGCCCCGAGGGGGAAGAUGGGGGGGUCGGCGGGGGACGUGUCCGCAGCCAGCGGGAGCAACUGGCUGAUGAACGGCCUUUCCUCUUUGAGAGCUCACAGGCGCACGUCCUCCUCUGGGGAACGACUGAAAGACUCCACUCUGUCCCUUAAAGACACGCCCCUCUUCCUCAAGGACACCGCCCUCUCGCCUAAAGACCCCCAGAAAAACUCUCUGGGCGACUCCUUGCAUUCCCCAGCAAGCUCCCCCCUCGCCCACCGCUCCCUGGGCCAAUCCCACAGACUCUCCGCCUACGACAACGUCGCUCCGUCCAGUCUGAGCUUGCCUUCCGACACCUCGACCAUCUGGACGUCCUAUGAGAUCUCGUUAACAGAUCCGGAAGACGGGGACCAGGGGUCAAAGCCAGUCCCUGUGAAGUCCUUAGACAUGGUAACGCAGAGCAGCACCCCUCUGGACCCCGGAGCGGACAUCACCAGAGGUGGGGGGGAGGACGCGGACGUCAAGGAGGACGGCAAAGGGUUGGGCACUGACGAAGAUCUGGCCAAGCUGUUGUCCAAUCUAAAGCAAGAACUGAAAAUGCAGCAGAUCAGCUACGAAAGCUGCAUUCGCAAGUUGGAGGAGUCCUGCUCCAGAUACCAAUGCCAGGUGGGAAGCCUGGAGGAGGAACUGGACCAAGAGAAGAAGAAGCUUCACAUGCUGGAGAUCCGGCUCAGGAACUCGGAGCGGGCCCAUCAGGAUGCAGAGAGCCGGAACGUUCUUCUCCAGAAGGAAAUGGAGGACUUCUUCCAGACUCUAGGGGACCUAACCACUGGAACUGCUCGGACUAGCUAGAAAAGAAACCUCUGCCUUCAAUCUUUAUCUGGCCAAUUGGGUUGGACUGGGGUGGUUCAUUCCUUGGUAAGGGUGGCUAGGCCCAAAGAUCUUAAGACCAAACACCAUCAGUACUACUAAUACUACUACUACUACCGCUACUUGUGUCCCUCUUUGCAGAUGCAGCUGAAAACCCUGGCCAUAGCUGGUGCCAAACUAGAACCCAUCUGGACCAAAUGGCUUUUAUGUUAAAAAAAUUAACCAUUCCAUAACUGGUCAACAUCUUGAAUCACUAAGUUCAGCCAAGAACAUGUCUUACGAUAUAGGACAGAUCUGAAUUGCAGAUAUAUGUGUCAAGUUCAAAUCCCUACUCAUUUUCACAUUUUAAUAAUGCAACAAUAAUAAAAACAAUACGCUAUAAGAGAUUAAAAUUCAAUGUUUUUAUUCGCAGGUGGUUCAAAGUUUCCUUUUCGGAUGUUUACACUCGGUCUGAUAGUGAGGCAAUUUAAGAUCAAAAUGUACACAACUGGCCUUAUCAGAAAACACUAAAACAAAACUGUUUACAGUCAAAUUUUACAUUUUAUAUGUUAUCUAGUUAAAAGAUUUGAAUCCUAGUAGUCCUGAAUGUCUGAAUGGCUUUUUAUUAUGUGAGGAUUAGUGUUUGCCACUGGAUUGGAUUCCCUACAUAAUCUGUACAACUGACAUACAGACCAGAAAAGCCAAUGAUACACCACAAGAUUUGCCAAACAGCUGUUAUUCGAAACUAACGAUUCUUCUUUAACUUGAACGAAUUUACUUGAAAACCGAUAUAUGCAACACCAGUCCCUUUCCAACAGGGGGACAUGAGAAAUGUAUGCCCAUUUAGUUUAUUCUGGGAAACAACACUGCUUUUCAAAAGUUCUCAAAGCCUUAAAAUUUAAGCCAAAUGUAAUCUGCUCAAAGAAAACUUUAGGAACACUGGUAUACGUCCAAUUUACUUUCUUUUUGGAGGCAAUGGAUUAAAAGCAAAAUGAUGAGAGAAAGCCACACUCAACCAUUCAGAUUCGGUCCAGAAAAUGUCAGCCAUGCGUCACAAUUCUCCAAAUGCAUUCUGGGUGCUGGUUGCUAUGGGAAACUGUCCAGCCAUGAUGAGGGCAAUAGAGUGGGUUUGAAUUCAAGCCAUCAAAUACAUCCAAAAGGUAAUCAUGGCAGGUAGCAAAGGGUUUUCUGACUAUCAGAAAACAUAUACAUUUACCGUAAAAUAUACAGUUUAUCACCUACGAUCUAUACUAUUAUAUAAAUCAUAUUGCACAGAAAACAAUGAAACUAAACAAAAAUGCAUAUAAACAGUACUUUUGAAUUAAAUGUGCAUUACAUACAGCCACCCCCCUAGCUUCAAAUAAAUUAAUAAAUAAAUAAAUACACAAAUUAAGAAAAAUAAUGUUUUCACUAUCUUUUCAGAUGAUGUGUGUAUGUUGUCAUGUGUGUGCCUUUUGAAGCAUGAACUGAGGGUGAAUUAUUAUUAGUGUGUGUGUGUGUGUGUGUGUGUGUGUGUGUGUGUGUGUGUGUGUGUGUGUGUGUGUGUGUGUGUGUGUGUGUGUGUGUGUGUGUGUGU